AUGCAGCCAAAGAGGCAAAUAGACUACAAGUGUUCACUUUGUGAUAAAGUUUAUAAGAAGCCUAGUAAACUAAAAGAACAUGAAAGAACUCAUACAGGAGAAAGACCCUUUGUUUGUCAUUUCCCUGAUUGCAGUAAAGCAUAUUUUAGAUCUUCGCAUCUCAAAGUUCAUUUAAAAAGCCAUGCCAACGUUAAAGACUUUGUUUGCUCUUUUGAUAAUUGUGAUGCCGCCUUUAUGACCAAACAACAUCUUCAACGUCAUGAAAAGUCGCAUACAGCUCCCUUGUUGAAGUGUGAUUUCCCAGGUUGUACACAAAUGUUUGCCAAACGAUUUCAAUUAAGGUGGCAUAAAGCUUCCCAUACUAAAAAUUCCCAUGUAUGUGAAUGUGGAAGUACUUUUGACACUUUGGCUGCUUUAGAAAAGCAUCAACAAAGAGUACACAUCAAUCCUGUAUUAUAUCACUGUAAUCAAUGUGAAACUGUGUUCAAAAAAUGGUCAGAGUUACGCAGACACAUUAAGCAAACCCACCCUAUAGUUUGUACGAUAUGCAACAAGACGUAUACCAAGCAAAAUAACCUAAAACAGCACAUCAGAGAGAAACAUUCAGGUGAUUGCUCUGUUCAAUGUGAAUGGCCUGGGUGUAGUUCUGUCUUACAAUCUAAGCGAAGCUAUAGAAUCCAUGUUGCACUUGUGCAUGAACAGGAUGUACGCUUCAAGUGUGAUAUAUGUGCCAAAGGCUUUCCUUACCAAUCAAUGCUUCAAAAGCAUCUCUUGUCUCACACUCCGAAACCAAAGUCUCCAAGAGCGAAAUCUCCCUCACUUGCUGAACAGCUGACAGGACACAAUCACUAUAAAAAACAAGAUUACCCAUAUGAAUGCCCUUUCAAAGAUUGUCAAUACAAAUUCACAAACACGUAUUUAUUAAGAAGACAUUUGGAGAGUCAGUUUCAUGCUGAGGAUGUAAAAUCUUUUGUGGCUAAUAAUACUACUACAACUACUAUUGCUGAAUAA